UCUUAAAUAUUGCAGUUGCUAGGCUGAUAUACACUGUCAGGAAAAAAAAAAAAAAAGGAAAAAUUGAUUCUUUAGGGGUACAACAGCUUUGCACAGGACCAUUCUAACUUGGCCUAAUGAUCUAAACUUUAACAACCAUUCAUUUUGUUUCCAUCUCAGUCUAGGGGUCAGGAGGGAAGGUAACAGAGGAAAAGAAAAUGUGAUGAUAUCAAACACAAAGAUAAAAGAUAUGGGAAGAACACACUUCACACAGUCUCAGAGUGAAAACAUGGCCAAGUAAUAAACAAAACAUAAGCUAACUAAGGUUUAGAGAAUCCACCUACCCUGCACAAAAACAAAGAUGAAAAACAACAACAACAACAUAACAAUCCUCUUUCUCUCUUGUCAAAAACAGGUGUCAUACACAAUAAAAAGGCAUCAAACACCAUAAGCUAGUAAAUAUAGUUAAUAAAAGUGAUACAAUACCUUAUAAUUACCCACAAGUAAAGCUUUAAAGCAGAGUAAAUUAAGUUAAUGAAGGAUACAAUACUUUUUAGUUACGAGGAUAAACUGGUAAGCAACACUAAUGAAAGGCUGCUGGCACAGAACUAACAAGUACAGGACCCACUCCUAACUCAAAGUUAUCAGCAAGGGCUCUCACUUCGGCAUGCACAGACAAACAGUUUUCAGUCUAAGGCUGGAGAGAAGUGUUCCUCAGCAUAGCAUUUUCGGAGUGCUCCAUUUAUUCUCCUCUGCUCCGUCUCAGGCAUGCUCACGACAAGUUGCAUCUGGUGGUAAUUAACCUGAGCGAGAGAGUGAUGGAGAGAAGCGGAGGAGAGCAUAUUAUAAUCAGAACACCAUGGGAUGUAACACACUAACCAUGAGGAGACAACAGCAAAAUUCUUCCUGAUAUUUCUCAGACCUCUUGGUGAGGUACAAACUUGAGGCUUUGUGUGUUAGAUUGCAUAUGUGUCCAUUUUUCAGUAAUUGUCCACUUCACUCUCCCAGUUAAGCUGACUGUGUAUCCUAGUUAAAGGAAUUUUGAUGACAUUGUGGAGAUGGUCUUGUGCGUCACAUGGAUGUUUUAACUAAUCAACGAACAGCUGUCUAGUCAUUGACAAUGGGCAAAUCUAGCAUGUGUAGGGUAUUUAAAGAAGCUACAAGCAGAUGGCUUGAUGGAUGAAGAUUCAGAACUCUGCAAGAUGAAAUUCCAGGUUUACCAUCUCUCCUCCACUCUAAAAACCACAGUUUUCUUUUUGCUGGUGCUACUGAUUCAGCCUCCCAGAGGUCUAAUGCUGCCACACCAUCCCAUGGUUUAUCUGCCUACACUGGACAACCCUGAGUGGGAAGGAUCAAUGCUCCAGCUUCAGGCUUCACUGGGAGGUCCAGAUGGCAGGCCAGUGGUGGCGCUCCAGCCCUGGGCUCUGAUUCAGGACCCGGAACCUGAGGAGCUUCUGGAGAGGGUGAAGGCAGAACUGGGAUGGGGACAAAGGGGCAUGGUGAAGGACCAGAAGAGAGAGGAGCUUGGACGGAGACCCAUGGGGACAUUCCCAGACAACCAUAUAGUGUCUGUGCCAUAUCCAAAGGGGGGAGAAAUAGAAGAAGAGGGUGGAGAGAAGCGGAAUGAGGCGCUCACUUCCAUUGCAGGAGGUUUGCAAGCCUUCAGCAGACAGAAAGGAGGAUUUGGUUUUAGAUUUGGCAGAAAGUGAAGUGGAAGAUGUCUGUAAGUGUGUGUGUGUGUGUGUGUGUGUGUGUGUGUGUGUGUGUGUGUGUGUGUGUGUGUGUGUGUGUGAGAGAGAGAGAGAGAGAGAGAGAGAGAGUUAGAGUGAGAGUGAGUGUGUAACUUAGCUGUACUUUGGAGACAAAGUAUAAAAAAAGAGGGGAGGGGUGCGCUAAUAAAAAAUGUCAACCAUGUAGAUAAGAGAAACAGAAAUUGUUUUUCAUGGGGAAAAAUGCAAACUAUAUGACACUUAUUAAAAAUUGUUAAAUAUUCUGCAGUCCUCACUUAUUUGUCUACAAAACAUCAUUCUCACUUCAGGUUAUAUGCUGGGUGUGUAUACUGUCUCUGACACUAACUUGAUGUAUGUUGCCAACAGUA